UAGGCCACCACCGUACUAUAUAAUCCCGCCACCGUAACGCGCAUCUCGUUUACCUCCCGAUCAGCUCUUCCUUCCUCUUCGUUCUCGUGGAUCCAAUGCUUCUUCUCUAGGGUUAGGGUUUCCUCUCGGUCGCUCAGAUGCUUCUCUCGUGGAAGGAGAGGGUGGCGGAGAAGCUCUCCCGUCUCCUCGCUGACUCGCCUUCUUCCUCUCCCUCCACUGACCCUCGCCCUGAUCGUCAGGGAAUAAUACCCUUGGGCACCGAGGAAGUUUGUUCACCAAAGAAAUCAAAGGUUUCUUACCUUAUAUCCUUUUUACCUACAAUAAACUCUCCCUUCCAUGGACACUCAUCAGAUAUGCAUGAUAAAAGAUUGAUGUCAAUUCGAUCAAAACACGGUAGAUGGGAAGCCAACGGAUUUGGAAGUGAAGAAAAGCCCUUGGAAUUUAAUUUGGAUAGUGGAAGUGAAAGUGAAAAUGAUGAUGUGUUUGUGACCCCUAAAGCAAAUCCCAUGGAUGCGGUUGAUGUGUUCAGCAGUAUCAAUGGUAAUGAUGGAAAUGAAGAAGUCCCUUCCUCACGUGACUCGCAAGAGUUUCUGCCUUAUCUUACAGACAAGUCUGUGUUUAUGAACUCAGACUUGUUUGACUUCUUUCAGUCAUCUCUUCCUAAUAUUGCCAAAGGUUGCCAAUGGAUUUUAUUGUACAGUACAUUGAAGCAUGGGAUAUCACUUAGGACGCUUCUUCGCAAUAGCAAUAGCACUCCAGGUCCAUGCCUAUUGAUUGCAGGAGAUACACAAGGUGCUGUUUUUGGUGGGCUGUUGGACUGCCCUCUAAAUCCUACAGCAAAAAGAAAAUACCAAGGAACCAACCAAACAUUUGUUUUCACCACAAUAUAUGGGGAACCAAGGCUCUUCAGACCAACUGGUGCAAAUAGGUAUUACUACUUGUGCUUGAAUGAUUUAUUGGCAUUUGGUGGUGGCAGUAACUUUGCUUUGUGCCUGGAUGAGGAUUUGCUACAUGGAUCAAGUGGACUGUGUGAAACCUUUGGGAACCUUUGUUUAGCUCACAGCCCUGAGUUCGAACUAAAAAAUGUUGAGUUGUGGGGCUUCACGCAUUCUUCUCUAUGUUGCACCUGAUCAGAGUGUAAAAGAGGAACAACAAUGCUUCUGCCAGAUGUAUCAAUGACUACGCAAGUAAAUUCGGCAGGCCGAGGCAUUGUUUGUUGUGUGUUUACGUAAAGCAUAUAAAGCUUACCCAAAGCUGGCAUGUAGCUUCGACAAGCCAAGGCUAUUAUUGUUUGUUGUUAACCUAUUCUCGUUCAGCACAUUAUAGCUUGCCUGAAGAAAUUAAUGAAUUUGUAAGGUUGACAGAUGAAAGAUAGUGUUAAAUUCUUUUAUUCUUUAUCAAAUGUUCCAGGUUCAAGAGAAUUAUGUUUUU